UCCUGAAGCCGGCCCUGCUUUAGCCCCAAGUUAGAGCAGGUUCGCAGGAGCUAUGGUCAAGUGAGAUAUAGGUGCCGGCCUGCAUAGAAAGAAACAGAACACGGUUCAAUCAUCAGUGGAAAUGCCCCAUAUAUGGCUCUGCGCAGUGUGUUGAAUAGAUUCCACGAUCCGGAUAUGAGUGAGUGCUCGGCUCGUUCUCGACACUGUGCGCGUUGAAAUCUACGCCCACGGUGACGUUAGCACCGCCUACCGGGCGAAAUGCCGUGAAAGAGUACGUCCCAAAUGUACGGCGCAGUACAGUCACGUGACGAAUAACAUGCUCAGUUGACAAUCACAUAUGAAGACGUGAGAGACUGCGAGAAUUUCUCUGCAGCAACAAAUAGACUCCGAAAUAUAAACCUGUAUUUCGCAAAUAGGUGCAGGAGUUCGAGAAGUGGCAUCAUGGACGUGUCCAGCCACAGCCUGUUCCUCCUGCAGCAGCUCAACGUCCAGAGGGAGUUUGGCUUCCUGUGUGACUGUACUGUCGCCAUUGGCAACGUGUACUUCAAGGCCCACCGGGCUGUCCUGGCUGCCUUCUCCAACUACUUCAAGAUGAUCUUCAUUCAUCAGUCAAGCGAGUGCAUUAAAAUCCAGCCCACGGACAUCCAGCCAGAUGUGUUCAGCUACCUGCUCCACAUCAUGUACACUGGCAUGGGCCCCAAGCAGCCAGUGGACCAGGGCCGCCUACAGGAGGGCAUCAAGUUUCUCCAUGCCUACCAGCUGUGCCGUAACCCCGACGAGGGUUCCCCCGAUGUUGGCGACCUGGUCCGUAUGUCCAACCUGUACGGUAUUCAGAUUUCAUCCCAGUUGGCCAACAAAGAGGGUACUGGGGGCCCUAAAGGUAGUGCAGGGACCCGAGGAGGAGGCGGCCCGGAGGACGGGCGUUCGUCCACCCAGGCGGGCCGCUCCCACGCCGCACAGUUCUCGAUGACCGUGGGGAUGGAGGGCAUCCCCUCCUCGGACCGUCAGCCCUUCUCUGGUCUCCUCCGUGGCGUCUCCUCAGUGGCUUCCGGCGACGACUCAGACAUCUCGACACGCAUCAAGCAGGAGAGGGUGGAGGAAGGGGAGGGAAAGGAGGGCCACCAGGUGCUGGGAAGGGUAGGGUCCCCAACAUCUCCCUCAGCCCAGGGCGGCAGCCCCUGCCAGGGCCUCCUGUUCAAGGAUGGCCCUCUGGUGCUGCUGUGCCCCCGCUGUGGCGAGCCCUGCUCCUCCCCCGAGGGGCUCCGCAAGCACCUGUUCAGCCAUGCCACCUGUUCCCUGGAUCCCAGUGGACUAAUGGAGGACCUCUCCCAGGGCGGGGUAGGGGACCCGGAGGGCCCUGAGGACAAGCAGCAACGUGGGGCCUCCCAGGAUCAGCUAGAUGCAGGCUGCUUGGAGGAGGCCCUACGGCAGAGCCAGGCCCUAGCUAAUGAGCUAGCUGCUGAGCUAAGUUGGAGCAGGGGUGGUAUAGCCAUUGGCACUAGUCCACCUCCCACCACCACCUCCAGUACCAGUCACGCACGAAAGCGCAAGAUCGCUUGUGCUGUGUGCAGCUUGCGCUUCGCCCAGAAGAGCCAGCUGCAGGAGCACAUGUAUACUCACACGGGCAAGCCGUCACGCUACCACCGCUACAGCCGCCUCUGCAGCCAGCUCAUCCACGCCUCCGGACACUUCUGCGAGGGGCCACCGGAGGGCGGCGUUGGGGUGGCAGCAAGCACCACAGUAAUGUUGACGGAGGAGUCCAACAGGGAAGCUCAGGACAAUGGCAGCUCCUGCUAUUCGCUAGACUCUGAGAUCUCACAAGAGAGCGUGGAUGCCGUCACUGUGGAAUGAAAGUGAUAAAAAAAGUUCCAAAUAUUUUUUCUUAUUCUUAAUUCCCGAUAGUACCUCCUGUUUCUGUUUGUUUUCUUUCAUUUGAUUCCUACUGAUCAUGACCUUGUUUCAGUUAUAGGGAUUCCUUACCUUUUGUCAUUAUCCUUCCACUUAUCCGCUUAUAUCCUGUCUUUUGUCAAUACUGUCAUCUUUCUGUUGGUUAGAUGAAACCCUGUGAUGUGAUUCCAGUGUAAACUGUAUCUAAUUUUAUUCAGUGAAUGUCUGAAUAGAAUAGAACAUUGUUUUCACAUGAUACUUGUGUUCUCUCUCUGUUGUCAUCUGUUACCAGCUGAUAUUGAUUGGAAUUGAGCAAAUACUAUGUAUCUGCAUUUAUUUCUGAGAAUUUGCACUUUCCGAAAUAAGUAGUUGUUGAAACAGGUAUAGUACCAGUCAAAAGUUUGGAUACACCUACUCAUUCCAAGGUUUUUCUUUAUUUUUACUAUUUUCUACAUUGUAGAAUAAUAGUGAUGACAAAAAUUAUGUAGUAACCCAAAAAGUGCCUUGAUGACGGCUUUCCAUUCUCUCAACCAGCUUCAUGAGGUAGUCACCUGGAAUGCAUUUCAAUUAACAGGUGUGCUUUGUUAAAAGGUCAUUUGUGGAAUUUCUUAAUUAGUUUGAGCCAAUCAGUUGUGUUCUGACAAAGUAGGGGUGGUAUACAGAAGAUAGCCCUAUUUGGUAAAAGACCAAGUCCAUAUUAUGGCAAGAACAGCUGUUAUAAGCAAAGAGAAACGACAGUCCAUCAUUACUUUAAGACAUGAAGGUUAGUCAAUUCAGAAAAUGUACGGAGCUUUGAAAGUUUCAAGUUCAAGGAGGAGGUGUGGGGGUGCUUUGCUGGUGACACUGUGACACUAUUUUGAAUUCAAGGCAUUCUUAACCAGCAUGGCUACCACAGCAUUCUGCAGUGAUACGCCAUCCCAUCUGGUUUGUGCUUAGUGGGACUAUCAUUUGUUUUUCAACAUGAUAACAACCAAACACACCUCCAGGCUGUUUAAGGGCUAUUUGACCAAGAAGAGUGAUGGAGUGCUGCAUCAGAUGACCUGGCCUCCACAAUCACCUGACCUCAACCUAAUUGAGAUGGUUUGGGAUGAGUUGGACCACAGAGUGAAGGAAAAGCAGGCAAUAUGUGGGAACUCCUUCAAGACUUGGAAAAGAAUUCCUCAAGGAGCUGGUUGAGAGAAUGUCAAGAGUGUUCAGAGCUGUCAUCAAGGCAAUGGGUGGCUACUUUGAAGUGUUUUAACAGUUUCUUUGGUUACUACAUGAUUCCAUAUGUGUUAUUUCAUAGUUUUGAUGUCUUCACUAUUAUUCUACAAUGUGUUAUUUCAUUCUACAAUGUGUUAUUUAAUAGUAAAAAUAAGGAAAAACCCUUGAAUGAGUAGGUGUCUCAACUUUUGACUGGUACUGUAUGUAAUGUUGUUAUGGAUGUUUGUCAGGGUUACAGGAAUUUCUUAAGACCACAAUGUUGCAGUACACAAUUAAACUAUGGAACAUCAUUAUACAUAUUGGAUUUAUUUUAUAUUUCUUCCCAAAAUUGUGAGCAGUGCCUUGCUGUUUAUUUUUUUUAUUCAGUACCUCCUAACAAACUAGCUAAACAAACUAGAGAAUUAGCUUGAAUUCAAAUGAUUCAGGAAGAGUGUACUACCUACUUAAGUGGACAAAUAUGCAAAAGUAGACUGUCACAAGUGUCAUCCCAAGACCUUUUCAAGCUGGAAAACCUGGAUCUGUAGGUUUCAAGUGUCACAAGAGAGGUGAUCUAGAAUCAGGUGUUUCCUGUCUUAUUCAUUCUUGAUCGAAAAGGCAAAACUGAUUCUAAAUCAGUUGGGGGGGAGACCUCAAUAUACUUUAAAAUGACAAAAAACUAAACUGUAGAAAUGAUAAUGGACCUACAUUCACACAGUUUCUAGACUGUCCAGCUCGCUAAUAAUCAGUGAAAUGAAAGGUAGACAGUGAGGGAGCAUUUAAAUUUCCUAAAUGAUGGAUACAGGGCUAUUUUUUUUGCUAAUUUUGCCAGCAAGGAAAUAUAUCACAUUUUCAAUGUGAUACCUCAUUAAAGACCGAAUGCGGCAAGGACCUUUAGCAGGGAGACCUUAGCAGAGUGGUUAAGUAUAAAGUACACUUGUUGAAUGUCCUUUCUCCUUGACUAGGAAUAUUUUCAACACUAAGAGGAAGGACUUAUUUUAGCUCAUAACAGGCUAACAUGACUAGAAGUGACUAAAAGAGAUGUUCUGAAAUUCGUUAGUGCUCUACAGCUUUAUGAUAGUGAGAUUAUAGUUUCACCUUUGAUGGAUAUGUGCCAAUGGCCAUCAGAAUGUGUAGAAGAAUGCAUCUGGUAAUGACAAACCAGGAGUCUGCAUGUACUGUGAUAGGUUUAUACUGUCUCGAAAUUGACGAUCAGAUUUGCCAUUUUGGGUACUGUUGUGUGUGACUUCUGGUCUGUUUGAAUUCACUACUCUUCUAUGGUGUUUCCACUUUGUCAUACACUUUAAACAUGAAUGUGGUUUAAUGUUUUGUAAAUCUGUGUCACCUUUCCAUAAAUGAGAAAUGUUUUGUAAAUAAAUGUUAAGAGAUUG